AUGGGAUUAUUCGGAAAGAAAAACGUUAAGUUCUCCGGCUGGAUGGGAGACCUGUCUGAAGAACAAGAGGAUAGACUUCAGGAAUUUAAAGAUAUUAUCCAAGAUGAAAACCUUACUGAAGAUCCCAGAUAUGAUGACCAUUAUUUACUCAGAUUCUUAAGAGCCAGGAAGUUUAAUAUAAAGAAGACACUGGAAAUGUUCAAGAAGUUCUUGGAAUGGAGAGUCGAGAAUAGAGCUGAUGAUGCCAUCUGGAUAGAUAGCUGUCCAAGUAUUAACAAGGUCAAAGAGUUUUAUGAAUUUGCUUACCAUGGAGUAGACAGAGAGGGUAGACCUUUCUCCAUAGACAAACCAUGUUCAUUCGAUAUUGACGAGAUCCUUGAAGUAUCAAAUAGAGAUGAACUCUAUGCUUUUUAUGUCAAAGAGUAUGAAACAACUCUCCACAUUCGUAUGCCAGCUGCAUCAGCUGCAGCUGGUAAAAAAAUUGAACAGACAUUUAAUCUUAUUAGCAUUAAAGGCUUUACAAUGAAGAAGUUGAGACAGAAAACCAGAAACUUUAUUAAACUAGCUGUAAACAUUGGACAAGACAAUUAUCCAGAAAUUAUGGGUAAAAUGCUCAUUGUAGACUCUCCUUUAAUUUUCAGAGGUGCAUGGGCUCUCAUCAGUCCAUUCAUCGAUGAGAAAACCAGAACAAAGAUCUCUAUUUUAGGUGGCAAAUAUCAAAAGAAGCUGUUCGAACAUGUUGACCCUGAAAAUGUACCUUCUGAUUUAGGCGGAGAAUGCACUUGUUCAGAAGAUGGAGGAUGAUAUUUCUCUCACAAAGGACCUUGGAACGAAUAUCCAGCAGAUCAAUUUGGAGAGGCAGCAAAAGAAAAGCUCCUAGAACAAAAAGACAAAGAAGAGGUCAAAAUUUCAUCGUUCCAUCAAAGAUCUCAAUGUGAUAGUGAAGUCGGAGCUGGAGUCCCUCCCUUAGAAAACAAUAAAGAAGUUUCUGUGAACAUGAUUAAUUUUGAUAUGGAAGACAACAACCCUAAAGAAAAGACAGAUGAUGACCAUCCUUCAGAACAAUCCAUGGCACCCAUAAAAAAUAAGAACAAGAAGAAGAGAGCAUCUAUAUUCUGUUGUGGAAAGAAAAAAUACGAAAGUGAUGAUGAUUAA